CGGCCCGCGGCGGGGCGGCCUCUCGGCGCGCGGGGCCGGCGGCGCCGCGCGGGGCUUCGAGGCUGAGGUGCGGGAGCAGCUGGCCGUUCACUCGCGGGCGCUGCUGGUGUUGCAGAGGCGCGUGCAGCGGGCCGCAGGGGACGGAGACCCGUCGCCGGAGCCGCAGCAGCCCGGCGCGUGCGGGGCCCCUCGUGGGGCUGCCGCGCGGGCCGCCGCGGCGAGCGUGGAGGACCUGGGCGCGUGGCUGCAGGAAAAGCACUCGCCAGAGCGGCCGCGGGAAGCAUUGCGCGGGCAGAUCGAGGGGAAAGGCAACGCAGAGGAGCGGCUCGGGCGGUUGGACGCGCGGGUGAGCCGCCUGGAGGCGCACGUGGACACCCUGCUGGGCUCCGUGCUGCAGGAGCGCGGGCAGAGCCGGCGGCUGCUGGAAGAGGCGGGCGAUUCGGCGCGGCAGCUGCAGGCCCUGCUCUCCGAGCGGACGGCCGAGCUGGAGUCGGCGAGGGUGUCCCUGAGGCAGGAGGCGGAGAGCCAGCGGCUGCUGCAGGAGACGCUCGAGGAGCAGAUUAAGAAGAAGAAGGGGGCAGCUGUCUUCCAGGAGCAGGAGUCGCCCACGGCGACCAGCCGCCACCAGGCCCUCCUCCUCUCGGAGGAGCGGAGCCGAAGGCGCUCGGCGCACGGGGCGUCCGUGGAGGCGCCGCCGCGGCGCUGGCCGUACCCGAAGUCGGCGGUGUCGUCGUCGUCGCCCUCGCUCCGCGCCGGCGGCGGCGGGUGCCGCGGCGAGUCCCCCUGCGCUUCACCGUGGCCCAGGUGUGCCUCGCUGGAGGAGUGGUGGGCGAGCCCGGGCCGCGGCGCGCGCCCCGGCGCCCUCCCGGCGGCUGCGCAGCCCGCCGCGGCGCCCGAGCGGAGCGGGGCGCGGUCGG